CUCCCAUUUGAGCGGAACGUGGCGGCGCACAGGACAGCCGCACCAGGACAGAGCUACUUCUACAACUACAACUACCAGAGAGACGGAGACUUCUCACUACACUUUGCGGGACUUUUCUGUUUUCGGAGAGAAAGAAGAGGCUGGUCACCGCUAAAUUCAUUAAUAAAAAGGUUUGGUGCCAAGAAAAUGCACCCUCUCGUCAGCAACGACGCUCGAAGCUGAAGGAAAGACUGAGAAGUGAACAAGCUGAACACAAUCACACAAUCUUCUGAUCGACAAGAACAGCGGUCAAUCAUGUCCAAAGACGACGCCUGCAAAGUGACGUCUGCUAGCAAGCACAAGGAGCGCAAGCCCAAGAAGCCUCACUACAUUCCUCGGCCAUGGGGCAAGCCCUACAACUACAAGUGCUUCCAAUGCCCCUUCACCUGCAUGGAGAAGUCACACCUGUACAACCACAUGAAGUACAGCCUAUGCAAGAACUCCCUGUCCCUGCUCAUCGAGUCCGACUGGCCCUAUAAAAAGGGAAACCUUCUGCAUCCGGACCAGCUGAGACCCUUUCAGCAGGGCUUCCACGCUGCUGGCAAAGAUGCACAAGAGCAGGGAGCGUCGAUGGAGGAGAGGCAGCAGAACAACUUGGAGGACGAAAGUGAGGGUCAGGAGGGCGGAGGACAAGACGAAGAAGAGGGUGCGGAGGUGACGGCGUCAGCAAAAGAGACGUCCACUAGAAGGGACGCUGCAGAGUGCACAAUGAAGAGUAACGCCGAUUCAGCGUUGCUGAUGGCCGACAUGCUCUCCCUGGAGGACCAGCUCUUGCGAGCUCGCUCUGUGGAAGUGGAGGCCCAGCUGAAGCACUACAAGUUGACAAAGGCGUGCAUGACGACUCCAGGGCUGCUCUCAGACCAGUGGCGCCUGCUGACCUCCAGCCACACCAAGGCCAAAGCCGAAGGUACGCAGAGUCGUGUCAACAGUUCGAUUCCGUGUUACCCACCUCCAUCAAACCUGGUUGACUACCAGGACCCAGCGGGUCUCAACCUCUCCGUGCUAGGAGUGGGCUACCCCAUCAGUCCCAGCCUUUUCUCUUACAUGAAUUCGGCGCAUUCCACCACAAGUGUCGCCGCUCAGACUCACGCACAGCUCGCGCAGCUGCCCUUCCUGGCGUCGGCUGCUCAGCUGAUUCACCCGGCCUCCAACGGCCAUUCGGACAGAACUCUCCUCCCCCCGAGGCUCUACUACCCGUUCCUGUGUGAGCACAGCUUCCGAGCGGCCUCCGGUCAGAGUGACACCACAAAGGCACCCAAAACAUCAAACACUCUCGAUACCUUUUCCUUGUCUGGCUUCCAGCCCAAAGCUAAUCUGUGGAAAGUGCCUGCUUUGAGGCCCGGGGCCACCACGGUCUCAACCAGUGGUCAGGUGUCCCCUCAGAGAGAUUCUCCAGACCUACAGGCCUACAGAGUGGGGGAUAAAAUGCAAUCUGCUUCCAAAGAAGGUAAAACAAGUUGGAGCCUCAAGAGGACAGCAGCUGCCAUAAAGAACCAUGAGGCCCCCAUGGAGAAGAAGCAAACUAUGGGCUUCACUUUGGACCUCCUGAAAAACAUGGUACCAGAGAAACGUCUUCUUCUUGGCAGUUCACAGACGAGACCAUCAGAACCUUUGUACACUAAUCAUCUUAACAGUCCAAAAAGCGAAACUUCCUCUGGGGUACCCAGCAGCCAUGACCCGACAACCACCCAUUCAACCGGGGACAGAAACUCAGAGUCAGUGGCCGUCCUCCUUAGUGACCUCUCCAAAGCCUUACAGGAAUACCAGAAGGCAGAGCGCAAAAUAUCCCACCUGGAGAAGGAGGAGCUUCCCGUGCAGUAUCACCUUUGGGAGCACCUGGCGAAAAUCCGCAAUGAGCUGUCACACAUUCAUGUAGCGCUGGAGUGCACAGCGCGUCAGAGUGACGGGCCUCUGGAUCUGUCUUUCAAGAGAGCUGAGCAGGAUGUCGCUCUUAAGGACAACACCACAGAGACCGAUGAGGAGGAUGAAGAGGAGGAGGAUGGGAAGAAAGACGAGGAGGGGGAACGGAAGGUCAUGAUGUUGGAGAACCAGAAGCAGUCAUUGGAGAUGCUUAUCAAGAUGAGCAAUGCAGGCGCUUCAGUGAUCAACACAGAGGUCCUAGCUCCAGGUGCCCUCAGCAUUAGGCACAGUCCAGCCGAGGCCCUAUGGCCUAACAGAACCACAAAGUGUGAGGCGGACUCAAGCGUACUGCUUUGUCCUGAUGGCAGGUCAGUCAUGUUUGCUGAUGUCCACUCCUCAGCCAAGGUGGCCAAAAGACCUCCUUCCAUACAAGGAGUGGAAGGGCAUUGCCCCCCCAGCCCUUUGACAGCUACCGAUAACUAAAGCUGAAAGAAACUUGUUGACAUGUAUUUUGUUUUUCUUUCACAAAAACAUUCAGCACCUUUUCCAAAAAGAGAAUGAUCUCACAUGUGCACUACAGGAAUUUCGAUUGUCACCACUUUGUCAUUGAAACUCUUUAGCUUGACAAUCAUUUCCAUACGCUUGUAAAUGAUACAAUAAAUAUAUUGUACAGUGUUACAAAUGCUUUUAUAAACAAGUUUGUCUUGGAUGUACUGGAAAA